UUGUUUACGGAAGCCGUCCGGUUUGAUUAACUUUCGCGAAGCGUCUGUAUACGUGAUCAUAAUUAGAUUGCUAAUUUACUAAUAGAUUAGAUUUAUUUAAUCCUAAUUAUUCAUUGAUAUUCAUAACUGAUAUAAACAACCUUUUGAAUGUUUUUAGUACAUAAUUAAUCUCAAAAAUAUGCAUAAACCGCUUAUUGGCUAACAGAAUUUAAUUUGAACCGAUAAUAAUUAUUAAACUUGCUGAAGGCAUGUGCACAAUUUCACGCGUUUGCUUUGUUUCCACCGGCUUGACAUUGUGUGAGUCUAAGAGUUCUGUGUUUUCGGUGUCAGUAUUGUGCGUCGCUUACUCAUUCAGCGCUUUCAUCUGCGACUUUGGAAAAAUGACUGGGCAACAAUCAACCGAUAAAUACUGUGACAAUGUUUUAUCAAAACAGAAUGACAAGUAUAGACCUCCUAGAACAACUGGAAAAUUUGUAAAACUACCACCAAUCAAUUUGAAUAAUUAUAAAAAUCGAGCACAAUCGUACCCUUUGUCAACUAUUAACUCAUCUAAAAAGUUACAAUGUCCAAUGUCGCUACAAGAAAGAUUGGAUAAGGCAAAGAACAAUGAUAGCAAUAUUAACACAACUAAAAAUAUCUCAAGUUCAUUGAAAUUGGAAAAUGAGCUUCUUAUGAAACCAACUAUCAGUAAUAAUAGUGUACAAACUGCAAAGAACUUGAAUUUCUCCAAAAAUGUUUACAAAUUAAAAUUGUCACAACCUGCAAAUGACCGAUUAAGAUUAUUAAGGCAAACCUUAGCAUCUAGUGAUACAAUUCAAGAGCCAAUUAAGAAGUCCAAUUAUUAUAUGAAUAACGUAAAAUGUAUGCAAAAGGCCUAUCAGAAUAAAGAUUUUAACAAUAUGCCAAGUACAAAAAGCAAGGAUUUUGAACAUUUGGGUGACAUUAACCACUUGCCAGUUAAUAAAUUAGAGGAUGCAAGAGUAAUUCAGGCCACAUUGAGUAGCAUCUCUUCAUUUGAUGAAUUAUUAUCAAUUGGUCAAACGUAUUCACUGUCAAACUUGGACUCUGUAUCUAUUGAUGAAGAUCUACACAAGACAACUGAUCAAAUUAUUGCAGUUGAUAUUAUGACAACAGAAUCAUCACAAUCGAUUGUUGAUAGAUGUUUCAAAGAAGCUUUCAAAGAUUAUCAAAAAUAUCAGAGAGUAGAAGAACGGAAGAGAAAAUCAUUUAAUUCGUCAAUGAGACCUCACCUAUCAAAUACAUAUGCAAAUAUGAAUGGAUCAAACUCUGAUGAAGAAGCCAAUGGAUAUUAAUGACAUUGAUGUACCUCGGAAUAUGGUGACUGGUAUAACCUGCAGAAUUGCGCCAAUGGAAAAAAAUCGAAAUCCACUGAAAGACAUUAAAAGCAAUAAAGCGACGUAGUGGACGAUUACACGCAAAUUUGAUGAUCCAUUGAUGGGUACUAAAACAACUUGGAAAAAAAAAAAAUUAACGAAAGAACAAUUUUUUAGUUGACAAGUUUCUUUGAUCGCAAGACCAUUUAUUUUUUACGCGCUCGAACUGUUCUCUUUCUGGCUAUACGGAGAUUCGAUAGAAGUUAUUUUUUUCACAUUUCAUACACGGCUAUAUUUUUCAGAUGGAAAAUUUACGGUUACGUGAAUAAAACGUCAAAACGAAUUCCCAGACAUUUUUGGAAUAACGUUUCGUUGAAUUGAGUGUGUUACGUUUCCUCUAGAAAAAUAUAAAUACCAUGUAUAAACACCAUUAAUUAUAUAUACUCUGAUUUAAUAAACAGUUCGCCACUGCAUAAGCUUGAGAAACUUAGUUGAUAUUUAUAGUUUUAUAUCGAAAAUAACAAUUAUAAAGAGUUAAUUUUAAUUAAGUCAUGUUAAAAUAGGACCAAUAAA